AUGCAGGUUGAAGUCAACGAAAACGAGGACACGGAGUGGAACGAUAUCCUCCGCCAACAUGGCAUCAUCCCCGAGAAGCCUGUGGACCCCGAGCCGUUGAUUCAAGAGGCUCUGGUCGAAGCAGAGCACAGAGCGUACGCAAACCGACUCGAGGAUAAGGACAUUGACGAACUGGACGCACUGGAGGAAGAGGAGGACGAGGGUUUCCUCGACUCAUACCGGCAAAAGCGCUUCGCUGAGCUCUCCGCCAUUCAACAAACCAGUGUGUUCAAUCAGGUCUACCCACUUCAGAAGGUUGAUUAUGCCCGUGAGGUGACAGAAGCGUCGAACAACGCCUUUGUACUUGUCAAUCUCACUUCUAUGGGCGGCAAUGUAGAAUCGCGCGUGUUGACAGAGCUCUGGCGGCAGCUGGCUGCCAAAUUCGGAGACAUCAAGUUCUGUGAGAUCCGCGCAGAUAUGUGCAUUGAAGGAUAUCCGGAGAAGAAUACGCCUACAAUUUUGGUCUACAAGGAUACCGAGAUCCGAAAGCAGCUCAUUACGCUGCAGCAGUUGAAGGGACCCCGUACCAAGGUUGAAGAUAUUGAGCGUUUACUGGUUGAGAUCGGUGCUUUGAAAGAGAAUGACGUUCGUCUCAAAAAGCGCGACGAGGAUGAAGAUGAGAAAGCCGAUGAUCUGAACGUUGAAGACUAUGACGAUGACUGGGAUUGA